GGCAACAGUGGUGUACUUAAUAAAGCCAUGUCUUCUUUAAUAACUGUGUCCGAGGUAAACAAUUUAUCUGAAGACCAGUUUGAGUGGAUGUUUGGUAAUGUGAUAGAACUGUGUACGGAAGCAGCGGCUAAAGUGAAGACGAAACGACCAUUUACGAGUGUAAACGAAUUGUGCGACGCGUUUACAUCGUAUUUGGAUGAGAUUACUGAAAACGAAAAGUUAGUGGUUUUGAAAGUGCACCCCGACCUGGCUGGCCGGCUGGCGGCGCGCGGCGAGCUGACGCGGGAGUCCACCGCCGAGCAGCGCGCUGCCGGCCUCGACUGCCUCUCGGCCGAGCAAGCGUCCCUCAUAGGCUACAGAAACGAGAAAUAUAAAGCAAAGUUUGGAUUCCCUUUCAUCAUAUGUGCGAGAGAAAACAAGAUUGAUUCCAUAAUGGAGGGCUUGCAGCAGCGCUACAGCAAUACCCGCGCCCAGGAGAUACAAACAGGGAUCAAUGAAGUCAAGAAAAUCUGCAAGCUGAGGAUUCUCGAUAUCGUCAAACAAGAAUGAAUAUUUCAAAACUACAUUUUGCCAAAACGAUGA